CCCUCGACUCUCCGCCGCUGGCCAAUGACGGCCCGCCCUGUCCCGAGCGCGGGCCAAUGGGCGGCACGCUCGGGCUGCUUCCGGCUCCGCGGCCCGCUCGCCCCUUCCCCAGGUCUCCCCGCGAUGGGCGGGGCGCGAAGGCGGGCGUCGGCUGCGAUGACGCGCGUCGGGCCGGGAGCCAAUAGGGGCGGACUCGGCGCUGAUAGACGGGGCCAGUGGCCAGUGGCGAGGCGCUGGGCGCACUUCCCGUCGGGGAGAGAGUGUAAUAUGGCGAAGACCUACGAUUACCUGUUCAAGCUGCUGCUGAUCGGGGACUCGGGGGUGGGGAAGACCUGUGUCCUGUUCCGCUUCUCCGAGGACGCCUUCAACUCCACUUUCAUCUCCACCAUAGGAAUUGACUUUAAAAUUAGGACCAUAGAGCUCGAUGGCAAGAGAAUUAAGCUGCAGAUAUGGGACACGGCCGGCCAGGAGCGGUUCCGGACGAUCACGACGGCCUACUACAGGGGCGCGAUGGGCAUCAUGCUGGUCUACGACAUCACCAACGAGAAGUCCUUCGACAACAUCCGGAACUGGAUUCGGAACAUUGAGGAGCACGCCUCUGCAGACGUGGAAAAGAUGAUCCUGGGGAACAAGUGUGACGUGAACGACAAAAGACAAGUCUCCAAGGAACGGGGAGAAAAGCUGGCCCUCGACUACGGCAUCAAGUUCAUGGAGACCAGCGCGAAGGCCAACAUCAACGUGGAGAACGCAUUUUUCACUCUCGCCAGAGACAUCAAAGCAAAAAUGGACAAAAAAUUGGAAGGCAACAGCCCCCAGGGCAGCAGCCAGGGAGUCAAAAUCACACCAGACCAGCAGAAGAGGAGCAGCUUUUUCCGGUGUGUUCUUCUGUGAGGGACGCCGCCUACUGUGCGCCUGACUGUGCCUGUUCUGAGCGCGCCCUCGCUCCGCCGGGCCGCCACCUCCACCACCCGCCCGCGGCCACCGGGCCCGCGGCCACCAGAACGCAAUUGAGAAAUUGUUUUAUUUUAGUAACUGUCUGAUCUUCUUCAACUUCGGAGAUGGAAUGAGUUAAGAAUCUGCUAUUUUUUCCUGCAACGUCCGCUGACCGGGCGGACCCACGCACCGAGUUCCCAGAGAGAGAGGGGAGCGCGGCCAGCUGUGACCAGGCCCCGGCUCCGGCCUCUGGCGCCUUGCCGUGGCGUGACACGAGCCCCGCCAGGAAGCCGUUCCCGCAACGCUCUGGGAGCGCCGGGCUCCGCGCCUCGACCCGAGCAAGCGCCCGCCGGGCCCGGGGCGUCCGCGCAGCAAGCCUGUGCCCGCCGCCGCCGCCCUCUCGGUUUCGGACGAGCGACGAAAGCCAGUUCUCUCCCACUCUCUCCUUCUUAACUGUCAAACCAAAGGGAAGCACAAGUCGAGGACUCCGCGAGGCUCCAGGAGGGAGGGGGCCCUGGCGGCCGCGAGGCUGGGGGCCAGGUGCAGCCGGGCCCCUCCGCGGCCUGUCUGGGCGCCACGGGGACCCCGAGAACAGCCUCACCUGCCCCCCGGUCCUCCCGCCAUCAGGUCGCCCUCCUCCCGGCCCCGAAACAGCCCCUGCCUCCUCUGCGUCCCCACCCCCACCCGCCGCUGUCUCCAAACCGGACGUCCCUCCUAGCCGAGAUUUUUAUAUUUCCAGAUUCGUAGUGCCAGGGAGCGAUUCCGGCUCCGGUUUCCGGCGGCAACCCUGGUGACAGGGAGCAAGCUCCUCACGCCCCCAGCGGGACGUGGCCGCAACGACGACACAGGCUUUCCGGGGCCGCGGGGCCGGCGGGCAGCUGUCGCCGUUGGGUUCCGUCCCGGCAGCCGAGCUGUCCGUGGAGAGACUGCAGUUGGGACCGGGUCUCCAUGCUGGGCCAUGUCACCAGGGAACCUCUUCUUUUGUUGUUUUUUUUUUUUUUUCCUUCCUUAAGCUGCUGUCCAUCGAAGCCAUUGGCAUUGUAGUGUCUUUUUUCUUUUCUUUUUUUUAAUUAAAACAUACAUACCAGCAAUAGUCUGCUCCCCUGGAAUCUCUAACAUGCUCUGUUUACAUCAAUAAAUGCACUUAAGGAAAACAGA